AAGAACGUGGAAAAUCACGUUUUGUCUUGGAUUCUGAAAAGUUGAAGUCAUCUUUCGACUAAAGUCAACGAUGAGAAUUCUUCUUUUACUCGGUCUGGCGUUAACUGUUGCAGGGAAGGAAUGCUUCGAGCCAAUGACUGUUUUACCUCAUGGUGAGGUGACUUGCACUUCUUACGAUGGCGCUGUCGGGUCCUCGUGUGAAUUAAGAUGCACGGAUGAUAAAUACGAGCUUGUGCGUCCUAUGAAUUCGAUUGUUACAUGCUUGCCAACUGGAGAAUGGGACAAGAAAUUUCCAUGCUGUCAAAAGUGCGACAAAGCCGCUGAUAUUGUGAUUGUUGUCGAUUCUUCUGGUUCAAUCACGAGAACCGACUACGGAAAAAUGAAGCACUUCAUAGCAAACGUUAUUGGAUCUUUUGAAGACGACAAGGUUCAAUUCUCAGCUGUCCGAUUUGCAACAAAUGUGGACACCAGAAACAAAAUACUGUUUGGAGAGUAUGGCAUAUCUGACAUGGUGGAAAAGGUCGAGCUACUUCCAGGUCCAGGAGGAAAAACUGCUCUUGGAGCUGCUCUCACCUACACAAGGACGGCAAUGCUGAGACACCACAACAGAGACAAAGUGCCCGACAUGGUCUGGGUAAUAACGGAUGGAGACGCGACAGAUUCAGUCAAGAAAGCGGCAAGAUUACUCAGAAAACAAAAAGUUGAGAUCAUCGCACUUGGAAUCAAACAGCCUGGAGAACCGUUAUCCAUUAAACAACUAGAAGAAAUAACUGGCAACCCUGAUAACGUCAUCGAAGUCAAAGGAAUGGAAUCGCUCAAAGAGGAAUUGAGAGGCCGAAUCGUUGGGAAAAUCUGUAAAUUCUCAUGUCCUCAUUAUCCACCAACUACGCCACCGCCACCACCCAAAUGUGAUCCUAACCCACCCCCACCGCCGACUGGAGGUUCUGUAAAUUGCGAUAGCGAUACCGCAGACAUUGGAACGAAAUGUGACUUCGUUUGCAAACCAGACUCUCAGCUCGAAGGACCCGAGGACGCAGUCUGUGAAGAAGAUGGAAAGGGAGGUGCAAGAUGGAGCCAAGAAGCCAAGAAAUGUGUCAAAAAAUGCAAAAAGCCUCCUCCGCCAAACUACGGUACCGUAAAAUGCAGUAACUUGGACAACAAACUAAUCGUCGGUUCAUCUUGCACAUUCAAAUGCAACGAAGGAUAUCAAGUAGUUGGGAAAACAGAAACCGAGUGCGAAAGGGACGGAACAUGGUCAGAAAAGGCACCAAAAUGCGAACCUCUUUGCAAGCCACACCCACCACCAGGACCAAUCAAUGGCGAAGUUGAAUGCAACAACGAAAAGGCAAUAGUCGGAACUCGUUGUGAUUUCGCUUGUAAGGUUGGAUACUCGCUCCAGGGAUCAGAGAAAACAAUCUGCAAGAAAAUUUCCAAUGAAAAAGCUGAAUGGAGCCAUAAGGCACCAAUAUGUACCAAAAAAUGCAAAAAGCCAGAUCCUCCAACCUAUGGUACCAUCAAAUGUGACGAUAAAUUAAUCGUGGGAUCAAAAUGCGAGUUUAAAUGUGAAGAAGGAUACGAAAUGGUUGGAAAACCAAAGACGAUUUGCGAAAAAGCUGGAACGUGGAGUGAAAAAGAACCAAAAUGCAUACCAAAAUGCACGCCACACCCCCCACCGAAACCAGAAGAUGGAUUUGUUGAUUGCGAUAACGUCGUUGCAACCGCCGGAACAAUCUGUCAAUACAAAUGUAAGAGUGGACAUAAGCUAAUUGGCUCAGAGAAUACAGUCUGUGAAGAAACAGCCAGAGGUGUCGUAGAAUGGAGCCACAAGGCACCAACGUGCAAAAAAACUUGCGAAAAACCUGAAACAAUAGACCACGGUACAGUCAAAUGCGACAAACCGGACAAAUCAUUAAUUGAAGGAGCCGUUUGCGACUUCGAAUGCGACGAUGGUUUUAAUAUGAAAGGACAGAAAAAUGCGAUAUGUAAGGCUGAUGGAACAUGGAGUGCUAAGCCCCCAACUUGUGAAGAACCAAAAGAAUGCGAGAAAUGGAAUGAAUUUGAGAACGGAAAGAUGACUUGCAAACCAAAGACAAAAUUCGUUGAAGGAACCAGAUGCGAUUUUAAAUGCGACGAUGGCUACGUUAUGAUUCCAGGAUGGAAAAAUUACACAAUGUGCAACGCUAGUGUAGUCAGUACUGAAGUCGGUUUAAAGACAGAGUUACAUUGGACAAACCAAUUACCGUGCUGCGGAAAAGUGACGUGUGACAAAGAUGCCAAAAUGGAUCUCGUAAUCGUCAUGGAUUCUUCGGGAUCAAUUAACCCACUCGGAAAAAACGGUCCCGACUAUUAUUCGAAAAUGAAGAACUUCCUUGUCGAUUUGAUUGAUGGCUUCAAGGGAGAUGGAUUCCAUUUUGGUGUUGUAAGAUUCAACACUGUGGUUGUAAAAGAAGACACAAUUUUACUCGAUAAAUAUAUUGGAAACAAAGCAGGGAUUAAGAAAGCUAUCCUAGGUUUCGAUGGACCUGGCGGAAAAACAGCCACUGCAGCGGCUAUUAAAUACGUCCGCAAGGAGGUUUUGCCAAGCGGAAGAGAAGGUGUUUCAGACGCAAUUCUAGUGGUGACUGAUGGAGCAGCCACUGACGUUAAGGAUCUUCCGGCGGAGAUAAAAGCCAUUAGAGAUGGAGGAGUUGAUACUUUCGCACUUGCGAUUGGCCCGAAAGUUGGUGAAACAGUUGACAUAAUCGCUGGAACUGAUGACAAUAAGAUAAUAAUCAGUGAUAUGGAGGGUCUUACAAAAGAAUUGAUAGAUAAAGUCCUUAGCAAGUUCUGCUCUAAUACAUGUGAAGGAAAGUAGACGAAGACUGGUGACGGACUUUGGGUUUCCCACGAAAAUCCAUCAUUAAUAUUAUGCUUAUAGACUUGG